GGGGAACAGGACUGCUAGCUGGAAAGAUGGGGGAGCCAGAUCCCCCUCCAGCCCUCCAGGCUGCCCCAGACCUCCUUGACAGCCACUUUAUGAGGACACUGAGGCCCAGAGCCCAGCUGCUUCCCUUCAGAGCAGCAGGGGAAUGAUGUGCAUCUGGGGCUGCCUGACGCUUCUCAGCUCUGCGGGCUCCGAGGGCCGGGUCCUGGUUGGGACCACUGGUGUGGACGCCCCUCUUUGCUGGAACAGUAAACCGAGGUCAUUCUUUAUAAGUUCUGCCUGUCGUACAGAGACUGACUGUGCUGCACAAACUGCACUUCGAUGAGCAUCCUUUGAACUGUCUUUCUGGACCUGUGGGUUCCUCUAGGCGAGAACCCCGUAAGCAAGGAAACCCAUUUGGAUACUGCUGUAACUGUGCAGAAAAGACAUGGAGAUGAACAACUACCAGUGGGCCAUGCAGAAGAUGGCAGAGGACAUUCUGUCGCUGCGGAAACAGGCCAGCAUCCUGGAGUCAGAGAACCGCAUGCUGAGGAGCCACCUGACCCAAGAGGAGGAGGAAGCGGAACAGAGCAAUGCCAACAAGGCCCAGAAGCUGGUGCCCAUGAGGCGGAAGCCGCUGCUGAGUGACCUGGGCAUGAAGAAGUUGAGGGAUGAGGUGCAGCACUUGCAGAACGAGUUAAUUCGAAAGAAUGACAGAGAGAAGGAGCUGCUCCUCCUGUGCCAAGCUCAGCAGCCACAAGCUGCGCUGCUGAGGAGGUACCAGGACAAGCAGCAGAAGGUGAAGGCCCUGGAGGAGACCGUGCGGCGUCAGGAGAAGGUGAUAGAGAAGAUGGAGCAGGUGCUGGAGCAGAAGCUGCGGGAUAGGAACGAGCCCCUGCUGUACAGGCCGCAGGGAAGGCCCCCUGGGGCCUCUGGCCUUCCCCUGGGCCCUACCGCAGAGUAUCUGCCUGUUGACCUUCACUCAGUGCUGCUGGCCGAAAACGUGAAGCUCCGGGCAGAGCUGGAGAAGAGCCGUCACCAGCCGGCCCCCAUCAUUCUGCAGCAGCAGGCCCUGCCGGUGGAGCUCCGGGGGUCGGCAGCAGGAGGAAGUCCAGCAGAGAGGCUGCGAGAGACAGAUGGACCAGGCCACUCCCAUUGCGCAAUGACCCUUCCUGCACAGGAUUUCCUUGCCAAUCCUUCAGACAAGUUUAACCUCCUGGCCAAACUGGAACAAGCUCAGAGCCGCAUCCUGUCCCUGGAAAGCCAGCUGGAGGAUUCAGCUCGACGCUGGGGACGGGAGAAGCAGGACUUGGUCACACGGUUACAGGAACAAGAGUACGGCUUGGGACACCCCUCGGACUCCGUCAUCACAGACCUGCCGAACCCCUCAACCCACACCAGGGACCACAGGCGACCCUCAAAGCUGGACCCCUUGAUGCCCAGUUCGGAGACUAAGCUCAACAAGCACUCGGACUCCCAGAAGAACUGAGACCCCACAGAUCUUAGUGCUGGAGCCACCUCCCUCUCUGUGUGCUGGAGUCUCAUCCCCAGCCUCUAAAAAUGACUUUAUUAAAUGCUACAGG